UGUCAAUUGGGCAAGCUAUUAAUGGGCGGCCCAUGUCCAAAUCUAUAUAGAACUAAAUGGACAGACCCAUAUUGGACCACAAUUAAAUUUUGUCCAAACGGACGAACCCAAAUAGAUCAAUGGCCAAAGUUGGACUUAACCACUUGGACAAUGGACGGCCCAAUACAUUUAAAUUUUUAGGUUUUGCGAUUUGGGGGAAAACACGAUUUUCAUUUUUUUUGUUCUUCGUUGGGGGAAACACGAUUCUUCUCUUCCUUCUUCGAUUCUGGUUCUCCUUCUUCGAUUCUUCUCCUCCUUCUUCGAUUAUUCAUGGGUCCUUCUCCGAUUCUUCGUUGAUCCUUCUCCGAUUCUUCUCUUCCUUCUUCGAUUCUUCCGAUUUUGUCAUCUUUGAAGGUUUGAUUUCGUCAUGAUUUUUUCAUUUCUUCGACUUUUAAUGUGUGAUUUCAUUGAUUUGUGUUGUGGGUUUUUAUUAUUAGCUACUUAUUCGAUGGAUUUGUGUUUUGUGUUAGAUACUCAAAUGGAUCGGUGAAAGCCAAAAGGGAUUGUUGAUGUCGAGUCUCGGUCCUCUCGGACGUUGGUGAUUCAUGGUAAGUCUUCUCCUUCUCCUUUGAUUAUAAAACAGAUCGGUGAAAGCUCAUGAAUGUUAUUUGUUGCUGUUUAGAUGAUCUUCUCGUGAAACCUCGGAUCCAUUUGCUGAGAUCAAACCCUCUCAAGCCCAUUUGCUGAGAUCAAACCCUCUCAAGCUCAGGCUCUCUCAAGUUCAGACCCUCUAAAGCUCAGACUCUCUUUAGUAAGGUUUGUUUCCUAAGUUAGUUCACUUGAGGAAUAAAACUUGAGCGUUGCAGUAUGGGUUUCCGAAGCUAGAUGUCUUAAGCUUGGUCUCAAAGGAGAUGAUAUGUUGAUGUUGACGGCCUGUGUCUUAAGCUUGGUCUCAGUUUUAAGACGUUUCCUAUGUUGAUUUGAGUCUUAUGGGUUUUUGGGUUGAUGAACGAGAUGAUAUGUUGUUCGCCAAUCAUGCUAGGAACUCUGUAUUAAAACUUUGUAUUAAGUUUGUGUUGUGAGUCCUCUUAUUGUCAGUGUUCUUGUGUUGUCUUGUGUACUGCUUUGCUGUAUAAUUAGAGAUGUAAAAGAAUACGAGUUGCCAGUGUUGUGAGUCCUUUUAUUGUCAGUGUUCUUGUGUUGCUUGUGUACUGCUUUGCUGUAUUAAGUUUAUCUUAUUUGUCAUGAGCUUUGUUGCCUUUAACAAUUGAGUAAUGCAUCCUUAAGUCAUUCACUUCUUAUAACUGAUGUUUUCUCUUUUGUUCUCUUUUGUGUAUAUGGAAGCAAAUACUUUGAACCUGAACGAUGAUGACUACUUGAGUGUUGAAGACAUGAUGGCUGAGAAUGAAGAUGAUCAGGAGAUUCAGGAUGCUCAAGGUGAUUCUGUAACCAGUCAUGCUAAGACUAAAGGUAACAAACGUAGACACUCGAUGUGUUUAAAGAAUUUUAGUAUUGUAGGAGAUAGGUUGCCGGAUGGAACUUAUAAUGUUAAGUGCAAUCAUUGCAAUCAACCCUACAACUUAGAUCUAAAUAGGAAUGGAACUAAUACUAUGCUGCGACAUUCGAAACGGUGUUCGAAGACUCCUGGAUGUACACCUGGAAGUAAUAAGAAGUUGGAUAUGAUUGUUAUCCGUGAAAUGAUGGUGAUGGCAAUAGUUGAGCAUAAUCUGCCGUACCAGUUUGUUGAGUAUAGAAGGGUGAGAAUAUUAGCAAUUGCGGCGGUCUUGGAUCCGAGGUUGAAGUUCAAGUGCUUAGAAUACUGCUAUACCGCUUUAAACCCGUCUACAAGCAAAGCUAAAAUGGAUCACAUCCGUAAGAAGAUGGAAAAGCUGUUUGGAGUGUAUAAGAAGAAUACUAAGGCCACUACUGCAACCACUUCAGAAACCACAAUGGAGAAUAGUCUUCCUGCUGGUUAUGGGGGAUUUUAUGCAUUCAUUACUCAAAAUGCAGGAGAAGGGAAAUCAGCUUUAGAUGUCUACUUGGCUGAACCGCCCAUGGAUUACUCCGCCUUUCCGAAGCUAGAUGUCUUAAAAUACUAGAAAAACAACAAAUCCCAGUUUAAGGAGUUGUCUCGUAUGGCGUUUGAUGUGCUUUGUAUCCCUAUUACAACUGUAUCUUCAGAGUCUUCUUUUAGUGCUGGAAGUCGAGUCCUUACCAGGUACAGAAGCCGACUACUACCAUCCAAUGUACAAGCUCUCGUCUGUACAAGAAACUGGAUUCGUGGGUUUGAACCGAUGAGUAAGUUGUCUUUGCUUGUUUCAGUGAUGAGAUCUUUGCUUGUUUCUGUUAUGUGAAAUUUCUAGGUUAUGAGAUUUUUGCUUGUUUCUGUGAUGAGAUCUUUGCUUGUUUCUAUUAUGUGAAAUGACUAGGUUAUGAGAUCUUUGCUUGUUUCUAUUAAGUCUUAUUGACUCUGUUUUGUAUCGAGUCUGAUAUGGUCAUCAUGUACUGAUUUUGUUUGUUAACAUCAGUUCUUGAUAUGCUAGGUGAUUCUGAGGAUGAAGAGGAAGAUGAAGAGAAUGAAGGUGAAACUGAAGAAGGACAAGAAGAAGAAGAAGAAGAAGAAGAAGAAGAAGAAGAAGAAGAAGGAAGAAGAAGAAGAAGAAGGUGGUGACCAAGUGAAGUUGAAGUCUAUGAGAUACACUUGUGAACUUAUAAUCGUUUGUUUCAAACUUGCUCUUGCUUUUAUGGGUUUGUGUCAGUGUGUAUUUCGUUUUCAAAGAGAUCCAAAACGUUUGUUUCAAGUCUAUGAAGUCUAUCUUGUGAACUUAUAAUCGUUGAAGUCUAUAAUCGUUGAAGUCGAUAA